AAGCAGGGGAAUCUGCGAAUUGCGGAGAACAAGGCUCAGCGCUUGUGUUGCUUCACUAGCAUUGCACCAAACAGAACAUCAGAGUGCAGGUGUAGCAUGUAGCGCAAAACCGGAUGCAAGACCGCGAAGGUGGAGGUAUCCAAGGAGGAGACAGAGACAGGGGCCGAGAGGAACUGUUGCAAGCGGCGCCAAGCACAUUUCCCACGCCAUCUCGAAUUGUCAACGAUCCUGGUCACGUUCCGCGUCUUGCCAGCGGUACUCAUCGAGCUCCACGAACAGCAUCUGCCUGCGCAGAUCCUCAGGAGCAGCAAUGUGCGGAAGAGGAGUGUGAUGCAGAUGAGUGUGGUGAUGAACGACGACCUCCUGCAGACAGUGUUGAUUGCUUUGGCAACGACAAGCGUCCAUAUCUUCCGUUAUUACUCUUUGGUUCCACACUGGUUGGUGCCAUACACAUGCUGAUGGUACAGUUUCCAAUCAUCCGGGAACUUUCAUGGGGAUACAGCAUUCGAGUCUUCUUUCUGUGCUUGUAUGCACUGACUCUGGGAUGCUUGAUGUAUUGCGUUCUUUGCGAUCCUGGAAAGCUGCCGAAAGAGAAGCUCACAGCGACUGAAGAAAUGCCAAGACGAUGCCACAAGAUGUGGCUUUUCAAGCAGCCCAUCCGCCGGUACGAUCAUUAUUGUCGCUGGUUGACGAAUGCUGUUGGACUUUUGAAUCAUCGAGAGUUUGUCCUCAUGGUAGCAGGCCUUUUCACUAUUGGUCUCUGUGGGUGCGUGGUGGAUUUCAUUCUGGUUGUGUUGGCGUCCAGUGAGGGCCGACACUUUGCCGGCUUUCUGCUGAUCAUGCAUUUAACGUAUUCAGUCAUGCUGACGCUAUUGUCUGGACCUAUCCUGCGGUUGCACAUCACGUUUGUAUCUAGGAAUGAGCUUGCCAAUGAGUACAAGCACAAUCUCUUCUAUGUGAUGCGAGAUCCGACAGGCAAGGCAGUUCCAGUGAAUGACCUGGAUGACGUUGAGUUCAAUGCAGGACUGGACAACGACAGAUUUGAGUAUGAGCCGUCCCUGAUUCUUGGAUAUUCUUGGCACCGAAACGUUGGUUGCGUUUCGUUGAGCUUGCAUUGAGCUCUCAGUGAGGAACGUGUUUGACCGUGGAUGGGUCACCAACUGCAUCAACUUCUGGUGUGUACCGCGCUGGGACCUAGGGCAGUUGGGCGAGUUCUGAUUAUGCAUUCGUUUCUUCAUGGCAGCGGAAAAAGAGCCUGCCUCG